GCCGCCGCGGGCGCACUCGCCGGUCGCAGUGAAAAGGCGGAGGCGGCGGCCGCUCGGGCUCGGCUCCGGUUCCCAGUGCCUCCCCCGCCGCACCCCCUCCCCACAUCCCGCACCCGCCAAACUUGAUGUGACCCCAGCCUGACGCGGCGGCUGCCCCUCUCACCGCCCCGUGCGCCCCCCACCGCCACUCCGCCCCGCACUCCCGGAGCGCACCGCUCACCGCGCCCCUUCCCACCUCCUCGCCGGGGCCGGGCGCCGCGCUCGCCCUCAGCGUUCCCUUCCCCUCGCCACCCCCACCCCACCCCCCGCACCAUGAGCAACCUGAAGCCGGACGGCGAGCACAGCACCAGCACGGGCACCGGCACGGGCUCGGGCUCCGGCGGCACUCUGGAGGAAGAGGUCCGAACACUAUUCGUCAGUGGCCUCCCUGUGGACAUUAAACCCAGAGAACUCUACCUGCUCUUCAGGCCGUUCAAGGGGUAUGAAGGGUCCCUGAUCAAACUCACAUCGAGACAGCCUGUUGGUUUUGUGAUCUUUGACAGCCGAGCAGGAGCAGAAGCAGCCAAGAAUGCAUUGAAUGGUAUUCGCUUUGAUCCUGAGAACCCGCAGACCCUGAGGCUAGAGUUUGCCAAAGCCAACACCAAGAUGGCCAAGAACAAGCUAAUGGCUACACCAAAUCCUACCAACGCUCACCCCGCCCUAGGAGCACACUUCAUUGCACGGGACCCCUAUGACCUUAUGGGGGCUGCCCUGAUCCCCGCAUCCCCAGAGGCCUGGGCCCCCUACCCUCUGUACACCACAGAGCUGACCCCAGCCAUCUCACACGCUGCAUUCACCUACCCAGCUGCCACUGCUGCUGCCGCUGCCGCCCUACAUGCUCAGGUAAGCCCCUCUGGGGGAGAGGCGGGGAGAGGAUGAAGGAGGCUCUAAGCUGGCCAGACUUUGUUCCUGAAUGGCCACAGGGCCACUGAUGCCUCUAGAGCUGCAGAACUGCCGUCUCCCACGACAUUCUCUUUAGGGCUUCAGAUCAGACAGAGGAGAGGGAGAGGAUUAGCUGUGAGGCCACAUCGGGGAUCUGAGGCAGAAUGUGAGUGUGAGAGAGACCCAGCCAUGGUCCCACCACCGACCGAACGUGUCCAGGCGGGUGCCAUACUGCGUUCUGCCUGUGGUGACAGCCACAAUUCAGAUCCCAACCUGAGUGUGCUCUCUGGAGCCAGGCCGCCUGCCUCUGCCUCUGCCUCUCUGGUCUUUAUGAACUUCAGAAAGCACUUAAAAAUUCCUGACUUUUUUACUAUCUAGAAGAAUGAGCACAGUAUUAUCUGCGUCAGGGUUGUUGAGAGAAUUAGAUGUUAACACCUGUGAAGGGCCGGCACCACAGGCCCCCCCACACCUGGAGCACAGAGUGCUCAGUGAGUGUUAGUGCUUGUUUUCAUGAAGCCUAGACACUCUCCACGGUGAACCUGUGCAGGGAUGGCGGGAAAGAGGGAAUGAGCACUUCUAGGGGAGAGUUGGGGAGGUUAGUGCUGGGCCACUCACCGAGGUGCCCGAGGCCAGUGAGCCACGGUCCGUUCUGGCCUGGACCUCCCUGGUGCAGUGACAGGAGGCACUGCCAGGUGUAUGGACAAAGUGCCACCAGGCAGCACAAGGGGGCUGAGGAGUGAUGGCAAGCCCACUUUGGCCUGUGAUCAGUAGAGUGAGCAAGAGCUGAGCCUUGGGAAGAGCGACCUGGCCGGGCGAGCUUUGCUGUUGAUAGAGGUCGCCUUACCAGGGCAGUAGGGCACGAGGAAGUACAGGAUAUAAGAAGCCAGGAAGAGAGAGUUCACAGGAACCAGAAGCCAAGGUGGGAGGACUUGGGUGCUCUGCCCAAGGCGGGGGGCUCAGUGUGUGUCUAUGUCAGGUCCUCUGAAGGGCUUAGUGACAUCUGGAUCUACUCAGUUCUGACGUGGAAGGUACAGACUCCCCGCCUACUACCCUAGCAAGCUGUUUUCCCCCAUCAGGGGAGGUCCCCUUGGCCAUGGCCGCUUUAGAUUGUACUGAGGGCAGAAGUGUGGUUAAACUUGGCACCGUUCCCCAGCUGUGCACCACAGGCAGCUAGAAAAUUGAUAGGGGAUAGGAAGGUGGUAAAGAUCAUUCCCCAGAGGGAAAUGAUUGGGUAUUUACCACAAACCAGGUUCUGUGGUGGGCAAAGAGCGGGUGAGCCCAGGAGACUGUCCUUGUCCUCCGUGACCUGGUGGAGUGCAGGAGGCUGGCAGUAGUGCUCCUGGCCAUGCAGGGAGUUUCACUGCAGCAGCCCUAUGAGGCCUUGCUGGGCGCUUUGCUCUGAUCCUAGCUGUGCAACCAUUUCACUACCUGAUCUUUUGCAAGUGACUUCACCUUUGGGCCUCUGUGUGUGUACUCAUCUGUAAAAUGAGAGGGCAAUCUAGAUGAGGUGGAGAGGGUUCUACCCCAUCUGCUCCAAGAUGCUUGGCCAUGACAAAGGUGAGGCAGAGGUUGGGAACCAGAGAUAGUAUGUCAAGUUAAUAAGCAGAGGUGCCUCUGCUGUUUUUGGGGUAGCUCCUCCAGCUGGCUGAAAGGGGCACGCUACUACCUGUCCUUAAAUUCCAUACUGCAGGGCUAUGUGCCCUCCUGUUUUCUUCCUUUCUAGCUUCCUCCCUCCCACCCUGUCCCUGCCCAGUGGCUGUCCAACUCCAGUACAGCUGCCUCAGUCCAAAUUCUGGCUCUUCCAACACCUCUAUGACCUUGGGCAAGUUACUUAACCUCUGUCUCAAUUUCUUUGGAAUGGUGAUAAUCAUACCUACUUUGUAGGUAUUUGUUUUUCUGAUAUUAG